GCAAUUUCUAUAAAUGACUCUCAAUUAUUUUGUCAUGGGCCGCGACAUGAUACAAAUGCCACUCUACAUUUGAACCCACCUCUAUCCCUAGAUCCCACAGUGUACCCCACCCCAAUGGAUCACACUAUAUCCAUCUUACCCCGGGAGACAUUCUGGAUGCUCCUGGAUUAUUUAGAACCCCGAGAUGUGAUCCGCUGCCGCAGUGUAUCUCGCUUCUGGAACGAAGCCUUCAGAGACCCAGCUAAUCUGGUUCCGUUAAUGCGGAAAUGGUUCCCGUUGGCGAAGGAGGUUCGGGAGCUAGUACAUAACCAAACUUCUUUGGAUAUUGAGUGCACGGACGUUGAUAGUGAUGGUCAUCACUGGCGCGAGACCUUCGACCGCAUCGCGUGCAGAUACGACCAUCUCGCUCAGGGCAAACCGAAAUCCAUCCAAAAGUUCAAACUGAGCGAUGACUUUGGCGUCUCCGGCGAGAGGGGGUGGUUCCCGGUGCAGCCGUGGGAAAACCAUGCUAGUCAUUUGAUGCAAAAAGUCGAUGAUCUCUUUUUUGAGUCCUCGUGGACAUAUGAGGAUGGUCUACUGGUGUUUCUAAGUGCGGAUCAUCGCUGUCUAGUGCUUGUGGACUUGGAGACGGAUAGGAGGUUUAUGGUCCCAUUUAUCAUCAGGGGAAAGGUGAUACGAAGAGUUCGCCUCCAAAAGCGUGUCCUUGUGGUUGAAUGGGCAGAACCGAAAGCCUUCCACUGGUUGAAUGAUUCCGACGGCGUACAUCGCCAUUUCGCUUCCUCGUUUGACGUGGAGGAAGACUCGACCGGCGGAUGGAGAGUAAUACCUCGAAAUGAAUGGAAGAUCAUGUUCCUGGGGCAUCCACUAAGCGAACGAGAUCGAUUCUUUUCCUCCCACAGCAAAACCCACUACGUAAUAUACAUAUGGCAGCCCAACCGCAGCUUAUACACUGCAGACGACGACGCACCCAUCGAAUCACUCAUGGUCUGGGAUAUCUCUCAACGAUCCUCAUACCGACCAUCUCUAGACCCAACCGGCUGCCUACGUGUCCCCGGCCAAGACACAGGACCGGAACAAGUCACCCGCUUGGGAUUCAGAGAACUAGGCUUCUUCUCCGUACGACAGCGCGGCCUUCCAGCUAUCCAGCGGCUAGAAGUCACAGACGACGCGCAAGCAAUCGAAAUAACCGAGACCAUCUGCACAGGGCCAAUGGACAGACUCGUUGGCCCGGCGGAAUGGACCUCAGAAGUACAAAUCACCAAUAUCCCCUUAACCGGCGAGGGACCCUGUCUAAGACGAACGAUAACAGACGUUAAAUUCCCCCCUUACCGUGGAAGUAACGGCUUACAAACAAAACCACUUGAGUUUGCUGCUUGUGAUGGGCCUUGGUAUACGAUUGUUUCGGAGACGAUCGAUGAACAGGCUCAAGUGGGCUUUUGUCUGCAUUUAAGCCCAUUCGCGUGGCCUUUUGUUUUGAGUGAGUUUUUGAGCGUGAGGACUCCGUCUUCAAGCGUUACUUUGAAACCUGAGGAUAUAUAUGAGAUUACGGGUAGGGGUAGUGUUUGUGGGAAUGAGAGGUAUUUGGUUGGGGAGAAUAGGAAUCGCGAGCUUGUCGUGUUUAGAUUUGAUAAAUAGAGUAUACCCUAGUAUUUAGACCUGGUGAGGGAAUUGAGUUUUGAGAUAUCUGAA